AUGUCAUUACAAAGAAGGAAAAUACCGAGAAAUUACACAGAAGUAACAGAAUUUAUUCUUCUUGGAUUGACAAAUGACCCACAGUGGCACGUUGUACUUUUUAUAUUUCUUCUUGUUACCUACAUGCUGAGUGUGACUGAGAACCUGAUCAUUAUCACCCUCACCCUUUCAAAUCCCCAUCUGCAGGCUCCAAUGUAUUUCUUCCUUCGGAACUUCUCAUUCCUAGAAGUUACAUUUAUGUCGGCGUGCAUUCGCAGAUUCCUUGUCACUGUUGUGACGGGGGACAGAACCAUUUCUUAUAAUGGUUGUGUGGCUCAGUUGUUUUUCUUCAUCUUCUUGGGGGUGAUGGAAUUUUACCUUCUGGCCGCCAUGUCCUAUGACCACUACGUGGCCAUCUGCAAACCCCUGCACUACACGACCAUCAUGAACAGCAGAGUCUGCAUGCUUCUAGUCUUUGGCUCAUGGCUUGCAGGAUUCCUGAUCAUCUUUCUACCAAUAAUCCUGCUGGAGUUGGAUUUCUGUGCCUCCAAUAUAAUCGAUCACUUUAUCUGUGAUUCUUCUCCAAUUCUGCAGCUUUCUUGCACAAGCACUCGCUUUCUAGCUAUGGCAUUUUUUUUAGCUGUGGUAACACUCAUGUUCACCCUCACACUAGUUAUUCUCUCCUACACUUGUAUCAUCCGGACAAUUCUGAAAUUUCCCUCCACAGGUCAAAGGAAAAAAGCCUUUUCCAUGUGUUCCUCUCACAUGGUAGUUGUCUCCCUCUCUUACGGCAGCUGCAUCUUCAUGUACAUUAAGCCUUCUGCCCGGGAAAGAGUGACUUUAAGCAAAGGAGUAGCUGUGCCCAACACCUCAGUGGCUCCCCUCUUGAAUCCGUUUAUAUACACACUACGAAAUCAGCAAGUGAAGCAAGCCUUCAAGAACAUGGUCCAGAGAAUGGCCUGUUCUUCAAACAAAUGA